AUAUAAGGCCCCUUUUUCCGAUUUCUUCUAUCAAAAGCAUCGAAAAUGCAGUUGGGUAAAAUAAUGUUGAUCAUUUCCCUUUUUUGUUAUGUAGUCACUCGUGGACUAUCUACUGAUUGUCGGACAAUAGAGGAGCACUGUUCACGUUGCCUUUUAAAACUCAACGAUAGCUAUAACCAGUUGGAGGUCGUAAACAAUGGAUGCAGGCAUAAGUUGAUCGAAAACUACAUCUGGGAGGAUCAGGACCUCUGCGAUAUGCUGGUGAUCGCCUGUGAACCUGGGAAAAAGAAAAAGGAUUGCUCAACAAUCGCAAGGGUUAAACAAAUGCGCAGCGUUAAGGAACUCUAAGCAAAUAAGGAUUACUUUAAUAUCGAUUUUGAAAUAAAAAAAAUUAUCCAAAUUUGAAACAAAAAGUCCAAAAAAAUUGCAGGUCUCAGCUUUUCACGUUUCCCUUUUGUAUCAAAUUUGAAUUUGCCUACAACAGAGAGGUAAUUACC